UUCAAGUAAGAUAAAGUCAGUGUCCUGUCAGUCAAGUCAUCUGUCUACCCAUCGAGGCCUGCACUAAAUUCUCCCGUCCAAGUCCCAGCAAGCCUGUGAGGUCUCUGUGUCACUGGUCACUUCCUUGGGCCCCGGCUAUACUGCAUAGACUGUAACAACAGCCUACCCUCAGUAAAGCUACUGUUGUCUGUAACUUGGCGUCAGUGUCUUCAUUGCUCCCGUGCCUAGCCCAGGAUCCAGUGAUAUACCUUUGGGUGGUUAUAGGCUAAACCACGCCCUGGCUUCAAGAAUACAAGGGGUUAAUGUCAUCUGCCCCUAGGGUUUCUCCAACCCAGGAUCCUCUGCUGAUAUCUUCUAUAUAAGAGAAGUUUCCUGAUCAACCAUGGAGAGAGACAGGAACAAGAUGGCCGACAGGAUAAUAGAACUCACCCUACAGAUACUCUUCCGGCUUACUGGAGAGGAUUACACAGUAGUGAAGAAGUCCUCUAGUGGGCGCUGUCGGGCCCCUGUGUGUGAAGGACGGGGAAGAACCCUGAGCCCAAUCCCGGGGCCCCCACCUCACUCCCUGAUACAUGAGGAAAUGGAUGAACAGAAGAUUCUAGAGCUUAUCAAGAUGAUGGAGCUGCUGACUGGAGAGGUUCCUAUUAGGUGUCAGGACGUGGCGGUCUAUUUCUCCAUGGAGGAGUGGGAGUAUGUAGAAGGACACAAGGAUCAGUACAAGGAUCAGGUGAUGAUGGAGGAUCAGCAGCCCCUCACAUCAGCAGUCAGAUCCAGUAAGAGAACAGCAGCAGAGAGGUGUCCCCGUCCUCUUCUUCCACAGGAUCAGGAUCAGGGUGAAGAUCUGAUUUAUAUUAAUGCUACAGACAUAAAGGAAGAAGAAACAGAUGUGAGGGGUGAUGAGCAGUAUAAGGAGGACAUUCCUACAGGGAAAGAUCUGAUCUAUACUAAUGCUUCAGACAUAAAGGAAGAAGAGACAGAUGUGAGGGGUGAUGAGCAGUAUAAGGAGGACAUUCCUACAGGGAAAGAUCUGAUCUAUGUUAAUGCUGCAGACGUAAAGGAAGAAGAGACUGAUGUGAGCGGUGAUGAGCAGUAUAAGGAGGACAUUCCUACAGGGAAAGAUCUGAUCAAUGUUAAUGCUAAAGACGUAAAGGAAGAAGAGACAGAUGUGAGCGGUGAUGAGCAGUAUAAGGGGUACAUUCCUACAGGGAAAGAUCUGAUCAAUGUUAAUGCUACAGACGUAAAGGAAGAAGAGACAGAUGUGAACGGUGAUGAGCAGUAUGAGGAGGACAUUCCUACAGGUAACCGCCCAGAUGACUGUACCGGGAGAUCAGAGAAGAAUCUUAUAUCUUCAUAUUAUAAAGCAGAUGAUGAUAUCACACAAGAUACAUAUGAAGAACAUUCCAUUAUCCCAGAUACACACUCAGCCCUUCACAGCCAAGAUCGGUCAUCUCAUCCUGUUAUACAAGUCCUGUCUACUGAUCCAUCACAGGCUGGUAAACAGAGAAAAAGGCACAGAAGGGUUGUUAGACAUCGAAAAGCUUAUACAGAGAAGAAGCCAAUUUCUUGUUUAGAAUGUGGGAAAUGUUUUACUCUAAAAUCAAGACUUUUUAGACAUCAAAAAACUCAUACAGGAGAGAAGCCAUUUUCAUGUUCAGAAUGUGGGAAAUGUUUUAUUGAAAAAUCAGAUCUUGUUAAACAUCAAAGAAUUCACACAGGAGAGAAGCCAUUUGUAUGCCCAGAAUGUGGAAAAUGUUUUAUUGGACAAUCACAUCUUAGUAGACAUCAAAAAAUUCACACAGGAGAGAAGCCAUUUCCAUGCCCUGAAUGUGGGAAAGGUUUUACUGCAAAAUCACAUCUUGUUAGACAUCAAAGAAUUCACGCACAGGAGAAGCCAUUUUCAUGCCCAGAAUGUGAGAAAUGUUUUAUUGAAAAAUCAGAUCUUGUUAAACAUCAAAGAAUUCACACAGGAGAGAAGCCAUUUUUAUGCCCAGAAUGUGGAAAAUGUUUUACUGGACAAUCACAUCUUAGUAGACAUCAAAAAAUUCACACAGGAGAGAAGCCAUUUUCAUGCCCUGAAUGUGGGAAAGGUUUUACUGUAAAAUCACAUCUUGUUAGACAUCAAAGAAUUCACGCACAGGAGAAGCCAUUUUCAUGCCCAGAAUGUGGGAAAUGUUUUUCUCUGAAAUCAUAUCUUCUUAAACAUCAAAACACUCACACAGGGAAAAAGCCAUUUUCAUAUCCAGAAUUUGGGAAAUGUAUUUAUUUUACAAAUCAAAACUUAAUAAUCAUAAAAAACUCCCAGGGGAGAACCCUUUUUCCUGCCCAGAAUGUGGGAAAUCUUUUACUCAAAAAUUAAAUCUUGUUAAACAUCAACAAACUCACACAGUCCUAAACGCCCGGAUCUUUGGCGACCGGGAAAGAGCAGGCCAGUGUUCCCAAAGAACUGAAGUUAUAGGUGCCACGAUCGUCCCAGUCCAGCACUUUCCAGAUGAGGUCCCCCACACUGGAAAGAAGGGACGAUCCCAGAAAAAAAUGCAGAAUGUGUCGCAAGAGGGAGAUACGGAAGGACACCACCACUCAGUGUGACACUUGCCCCAAUUUUAAUACAGAGGCCCUCUGCAUUAAGGACUGCUUCAGGGAGUAUCACACUUCCAUGCAGUACAAAAUUUUCCCUUUUCAUUUUAAUUUCCCAUAAUUUCACCCCAAUGUACCAAGUUUAUAGUAAAUUCCAAGUUUUAAGCCCAUAAGCCACUAAAUUGCCCAAAAACCUCUUAUUAAAAAAAAAAAAAAAAAAAACACCUGAUAAGACCUCUGUGGGUAUUUUUUCCAAAAAUGGGUCAUGGGUCACUGAGUCUCUAUCAUCGGGGACUUAGGGACGGCCACACACAUCACAUUCCCAGAAUGAUGACUCAGAGCAUAGGGUUUGGGGUGGGCAUAUUUUUCAGUUUUGGUUAUGCUCUGGGUCAUCAUUCUGGGAACAUAACCUGUUUUUUCAUCUUAUGGCCCACUGUACCCCACUUUAUUAACUCAGUGUACCCCAUGUAACGCUCCUUGAGGGGGGUCCCACUGUUCUGGCUCCAUAGUAGCUCAGUAAAUGCUCAAGGCCCCUGACUGUGCUCCUGCUCUGCCAAGACCUGGUGUGCACCCGCAGAGCUGUUUACAUGAAUGUAUGAGGUAUGUCCUUACUCCAAAGAAAUGUAUUUACAAAUUUACGGUGACCUUUUCUCCUAUUACCUCUUGUUAAAAUUAAAAAUUUGGGGUAACCCCGGCAUUGUAAUGUAAAAAAUAAAAAUUUUCCUUUUCACAUACCAAUUUAAUGAUCAUUUAUCAAACACCUGUGGGGUGUUAAGGCUUACUUUAAUGCGUAUGUUCCUUGAGGGGUGUAGUUUCCAAAAUAGUAUGCCAUGUGUUUUUUGUGCGUUCUGGCACAAUAGGGGCUUCCUAAAUGCGACAUGCCCCCCAAAAACCAUUUCAGCAAAAUUUGCUUUCCAAAAGCCAAAUGUGACUCCUCUUCUGAGCAUUGUAGUUCGCUCACAGUGCACUUGACGUCCACACUUGGGGUAUUUCCAUACUCAGAAGAGAUGGGGUUACAAAUUUUGGGGGCAUUUUCUCCCAUUCCCCCUUGUAAAAAUGUAAAAUUUGGGGGAAAACCGGAAUUUUAGUGAGAAAAUGUUUUUUACAUAUCCAACUUUAACGAAAAGUCGUCAACCACCUGUGGGGUGUUAAGGCUGUACCCCUUGUUACGUUCCUUGAGGGUGUAGUUUCCUAAAUAGUAUGCCAUUUGUUUUUUUUUUUGUUUGUUUUGUUUUUUUGCUGUUCUGGCACCAUAGAGGCUUCCAAAAUGUGACAUGCCCCCCAAAAACCAUUUCAGAAAAACUUACUCUCCAAAAUUCCAUUGUCGCUCCUUCCCUUCUGAGCCCUCUAGUGCACCCACAGAGCACUUUACAUCUACAUAUGAGGUGCAGUCAUGGCCAUAUAUGUUGCCACCCCUUAAAUUUUCCAAGAAAAUGAAGUAUUUUUGGGGAUUGCAGUAACACAUGUUUUGCUA